GUCUCGAAAAUAUAUGAGUUGAAUGGAGGUCCUGGAGUGUGCAGAAUAAAGUCAAAUCUUCAUAAUCUGGGAGCGUCUCUGUUCCCUUAACUUCAUUUUCAGAAGUUUGUAAAAGUUUUAUCACUACGCCAGGCAUAUGUUGGUCACCCGCCCCGCCAGGACCCCAUUCCAAAAUGGCGGCGCCCGUAGGGUGGCAGUUGAGCGGCCUAAUCAGCCGGUGGAGCCUGGGUGUCUCGUCAAGCUCGCGGCUGCUUCCCCCUACCCUCGGCACGGCUUUCGCCACCGCUUCCUACCACGCCAGGCCGCUGGGUUUGGACCUCAGCGGCCACUAUGUGCCCGGGCCCGAGGCUCCGGAGUGGCAGCGCGGCCCCAGGGCGCAGCGCCGGAGAUUCGCGGCCGUCGGCGAAGCCUCCGGGAUCCCCGCCGCUUCCCUGUGGCCCCAGCCCGCCGAGCUAAGCCUCCUCCGAGAGCAGGAGCGCGCUGAGCCUACCCUGCAGCAGAUGUGGAGCAACAUCCGCGACCGAGAGGCCGAACGGCGGCAGAGAGAGCGCAACAGGCAAAAGCUGAUUGCAGCCAACAUGGCCAAGAUGCCCAAGAUGGUUGAGGAAUGGAGGAGGGAGAAACGGGAGGCAAAAGUGAAGCAGAGGGAAGAGAAGGCCAGGAGAGAACGGCUGCUGGCUGAAGCCAGAGAGCGAUUUGGUUACAGCAUCGACCCCCGCAACUCCAAGUUUCAGGAAAUGGUGAAGGAACUGGAGAAAGAGGAGAAGAAGCAAAAGAAACUGAUGAAGAGACGGCAAAAAGCAGAGGCUGACAGGAGUGAGGCAUCGGCCACAGUUGCCGCGACAUCUUAAAACCACGUGCGAUUCCUGCCAGAGUCUGGACAAGCCUCAAACUAUUUCCAUUAAUCUGCAUCAUCAUCAGCAUAGCUUGUCACACCAGACAGCCAGCCACUCUAGUGUUGUUUGGUUGACGUUGAGCAGGUCAGUGUCAGCUAAAUCAGGUGAGAGCGGGCAGUUGCGCAGAACGUGUUCAAUGUUCUGCACCCUUUCGCCACACUCACAGGAUUCGCUGGUCUUUAAACCCCACUUCACCAUAUUGUCUCCCGUCCUACAAACUCCCGCUCUCGCUCUGUUGAGAGUGCACCACUUCCGUCUGUCAAGCAGUGCCCCGUCUGGCAACGUUUCUGUGGGGUCUUGCACUGUAUUGUUUGGUGGGAUUCUGGCUUCUGUUUGUUGCCAGAGGUCAAUCCUGUAUGUUUGGGGAGGAUGUUCCGUGCGGUAGUUCCUCCACUUAAUCUGCAUGAACCAGCUACAGUAAAUCUGAGGACUCAAAGUAUCUGAGAUGUUCCAUUCUUGGUGACUCCAGGCAUGUGUAAUUUAUUUGUCCUUGGGAUUACAAGUUAACCUGGUUCUGAUUCUGGGAUCUGUCCCAGUUGGUGCAAGAGUAAUGGUAUCAGAACUUGCCUAAUGAAUCAAAGAGCUAAUUACUGAUAUGGGGAUGUCAGAUUGGGUACGUUGCUUCUUGGUUAGUCAUUUGGGGGAACCAUGUAGAUUUUUUUCAGGCAGUACUGUUCCAGGUCAUUGAUGAGCUGGCUUGAGAAAAUGUCAAGAUCCACUCACAGAAUUUAAUUCUGCAGCUCAUGUAAUCAACCUUUGGACCUUGUAUAUAAAUGCUAGAGACAGGAAAAAUCUUUACCAAACUUCCACUGUAUUCAGUCAAUUUAACAUAAAUUAAA